AUGAAUACCAAUUACCACUAUAUGCGAUUCUUGGUAUCUCCAAAGACAGCCGAUGCACUCUCCUUGCGUCAGGCUAUACAGAACGCUCUGGUGCAAACUUUUGGCAUUGUUGGGGGGUCGAUAUACCUAGACAUCCUAUGGGUGGCCGAGGACGGAAAUGAGAUGGUCUUGCGAACGACGAAAGAAGACUCGACGAAGAUUGUUGCUGCUGUCACCUCAGCCUCGACGCCCAGAAUAUCACUACAAAAGGAAUCGUCGUUCCUGCCUGCGCUCGGUAGCACGUCGGUGACGCUAGACGAAGAAGACCUAUGA